UGCGCGUCUCUGGUGCAUUCCGCAAGGUAUGAACCCAGAUCAUUCCCCGACAUGGCAACAGCCGCCACGAGUAUUGUUUUUGUGAUUGACAGAGCAUCUCAGAGAACACCGCGGGAGCUUGCAGAUCCGUUGCGGUGGACUGGCUGGUUGAAGUACACGAUGCCUCCGAAUAUAGCUGAUGCGUAUAUGGCGGAUGAGCGCCUUUAUCAACAUAUUUACAACUACGCUGAGGUCGCGCAGCAGCGCUCUCUACCAUCGCGUGCACAAAGAGAAUCGGACAGGGAAGUUGCAAUCUCCGAACAGCUUCUCUGGAUACAUCGUCUACAACACCGGCGCCCAGGUAGUACAGUGUUUGUUAUUACUUGGACGCAGUUUCGGGAUCUCGUCCUCGCUUCAAAUGGGGGUGAUCCAAAUCAUUUACUGCAUGAAUUGGCAAAGAUCAAUGCUGGUCUGCUGAUCCAUGGUGGUACAGACCUGACAAUUGAUUAUAGGACACCAUCUGGACGUGACACAUUCCAAUCAGUGGAAGAGGAGGAACUCUACAUCGAACGACUCCGGAUGCUGUCUAGGUGUUUUCCAGUCUGGCCACCCGUGCGCGAGCUUCGCACAGCAGCUCGGAAGCUCCAAAUAAUGCACGAUCUCGACCACAUCGCUCGAGAAAUCACCAAGUCACCCCGUCCUCACACUGUCUUGUAUAACGGGGGCCGGACACAGGGUGACUGCGUUUACAAGCGCGAGGGGAGCAAGAAUAGCGACCGUUUCUACCGUGGAAAGCUGAAGCCGAAGAGGAAGAUUGACGAAGACAUCGAGCUAACAGGAGGGCGAUGGAGGUGGAUGGAGCAAAAAGAAAUUCCACUCCUGUGCAACACCGGCGAGCUGCGCGUGUAUGUUGCCGGCUCAGCCGUGCAGCACGCGGUGCAUACAAUCCGGUUGCCUCAUGGUGGAUUCGUGUCCUCAGUACUGAGAGAUUGCUUACUUCCACAAGACAUGAUAGUCAACAGAGCUAGUGGAUGCUUCGCCAGAUCUGGAGGCUCAGAAGCCAUCCGAACUACUGCUCGAGAAUUGCUUGAGUGGUUCGUACUCAACACCGUUGACGGACUCGCAAUGCAGGAGGUUGCUGCGCUGGGGCUGGGAGAGUCUUCACUGCUCCAAUACGCGCGAGUUGAUCUAGGCGUAAUGCGUGGAGAGGAUGGCAAACUCCACUGGUUUGUCAAUCAAGUCGCACGCGGGCUGGGGGCCGGGCUCUUUGCUGCGAAGGAUCCGAAUGCUGCUCUGCAAGUGAUUGAUUCGGUGCUGGAGUCGGUACUGAAGUGGCGGAGGGACUGGACUGCUGAUCCUUCACGAUAAUAUACUUAUGGCUUCUGUUAAUCUCGAAGCAACCACCAUCAUGACCGUAGAGAUGACAGUCACCAAAUUGUAAUGCUCUGAGCCGUUCACGUUAUCUCAGAGUCGACUGGCC